UCUUGAUAAGUGAUGUUCGGUGAUCAGUUUAUAUUAAAAUGAGUGAAGUGAAUUUAGCUGCUUUGGCGGAAAGCGGUCAAGACCGCGUUGAAGCCAAGAAUCCCAUGCAAGAGAUCGACCUUGCCUUAAAAGCAUGCACGUUUGGCAGAUUUCAAGUCCAAAUCCUGGGAGCGGCACUAAUCGCAAUAGUGGCCAGUUUACUUGUUAGCAACUCAACUGCUUAUCUACUACCGAAUGCAGAAUGUGACCUGGAUAUGAACUUGGUGCAGAAAGGGAUGCUGAACGCAGUACCUUAUACUGGUAUGAUGUUCUCCUCCCUAAUUGCCGGUUUUCUCACGGACCAGUUUGGCCGAAAGCUGUUCCUCGUCGGCGGCUACUUUGGCAUUUUCUUUUGCACUCUCAUCGCAGGGAGCAGCCAGACUUACGAAGUUUUACUUACAGCUAAAUUCUUUGAAGGUAUCUUUUUCGCCUCAUCCUUCAGCCCCACUGUAUCCUAUACCUCAGAGUUCUGCCACAAGGAGAUCAGAGACCGAGUGCUGUUAUGCCAGUCCUCCUUUUCCGGGUUCUCUCAAGUCGUCAUUGCUGGCUUGUCCUGGGCCAUCUUCACUAACGACUGGACUGCUAGUCUGUUUGGGGGGUUCAUUGUCCUCCAUACAUGGAACUUCUACCUUUACCUGAUGUCAUUGUGGUCUUUGACUGCCAGCGUCCUCUACAUGUUAUUACCGGAAAGUCCUAAAUUCUUGAUCACUCAACAACGAUACGAGGAAGCACGAGAAAUUCUCAUCAGGAUUUAUGUCAGGAAUACAGGGAAGCCAGCAGAUACUUUUCCGUAUCCUAACCUAUGGAAAUCAGCUAAGCAACAAGUAAUAGACGAAGCGCCGGAAUUUAAAAAUGAAAGUCUAUCUGAUCAGUUGAUGGCUGGUUUAUAUAAUGUGAAACCUAUGUUCAGCAUGCCCCUAGUGCUGCCUCUAACUGUCAUCUCUUCCAUGGGGUUCUUAACCAUGGCUGUAUACAAUGUGUUUAGGUUAUGGUACCCUCAGCUCUCAACUGUGGUGGAACACUAUAGCAGCACGACCAGCAACGGAGACCUGUGUACUAUGCUGGAUGCAUAUACUGAGGGCCUUAGGAAUAGGACUCUGUUGGACACGGGUACAGUAUGCGUGCCGCACCCCAGCGGCGCAGAAACCUAUAUAAACAGCAUGAUUGUCGGCACCGUCUGUUUCCUGCCUUACCUCAUCACGGGUAUACUAGUCAACAAAGUGGGCAAGAAAGCCCUUGUUCUGGUCGCAGGCGCAAUAUGUGUAUGCGCUACGUUUGGACUGCGUUGGGCCAGCUCAAAGAACGCUGGCUAUUUCGAUCGUGAUGCUCAUAGGACGUAUCGGCACGCUGGUUGGAAACAUCCUGUUUCCUAUAUUAUUGGACGUGGGUUGUGUGGUGCCGUUUUUUGGGUUCGGUGGCUUGAUGAUAGGCGUCACCAUAUGUGGAUUGUUCCUGCCAUCAAAGAAACAGUGAUAUUUACAAAUUAAUAGUUAAUAACUUAACUAACUUAGCGGUUUCACUCACGUAUUUUUAGUCACU